AUGCGCACUCACGCGCUUGCUCACUUCAUGUGCACGGUUGCUUCUUGGGGGUGGACGACAGGCUACCUCCACUCCGGGGCCGUUGGAAGCUGGGGCGCAGAUAGCCACGCCCUGCCCUGGGAACGACAAGAACACUCGGCCUGCACGAGACUCACUCUGCAGUUGGCAGCCAUGAAGAAGCCGGCGGUGGCUUGCUUCGCGCGGGUCUUCGUCUGUGUUGCCGUGCUUCUGGCUACUGUCGACAGUGCAAGACUGCCCUAUGAGAAGAUUAUAGGCGGAGGAUUUGCUAGUGAUGGAGAAUUCCCUUACCAGCUGUCGAUGGAGACUCACAGCGACGACGAGUACAUGGGGUUCUGCGGCGCCUCGGCCAUAAGCGACGUGUGGGCGCUGAGCGCCGCCCACUGCGUGUUCGAGGGCUACCGGCAGCUGAUCCCCGCCGAGACCACGGUGCUGAGGGCCGGCUCGCUGAAGAGGGCCGCGGAGGGCAGUGUGCACCAGGUGGAGCUGAUAGUGCCGCACUACAAGUACGACAGCGAGCGGUACGACUGCGACAUCGCCGUGCUCAAGGUGAAGAACCCAUUUUCGGCCAACAAAUACGUAACGUACCCCCGCUUGCCGUAUCAAGGCCAGAAGGUGAAAGUUGGGACGAAGCUGACUGUGAUUGGUUGGGGACUCGUUAAUGAUAUGGAGCCCAGCGAGGACCUGAAGAAGACGGAGAUCGACGUGGUGGACGAGCGGGUGUGCGAGGACAUCCCGCACUUCCGCCAGGUCUUCCAGAUCACCAAGGACAUGAUCUGCGCCGUCGCCGAGGGCACCGACUCCGCCCCCGUGAGUAGCCUCUGCCCAACCACUCACUCGCACACACGUCUCGCCAGGUCUUCCCGAUCACCAAGGACAUGAUCUGCGCCGUCGCCG